UGUGAUCUCAUCGCUUCCAAUCUUAGCAGCUAAAGUAAUCAGCGCAUCAACCUUCCAUCCCCUGCCAUGUCCAGGACGCCGCCGUCCUCUCCCAUACGGCCUCUCUCGCCCCUCAGCCCCAUAUCCCCAUGGCCGUCCGUGCCGUCUGCAGACGAGUGUGCGAAUUCCGCCUCUGACACGCACGGCGAAGUCCUUCCCAACGCCACAGACGUCUACGCGAGUAUCGCCAUCCUGGGAACUUAUUUGUCCUUCGGGCUAUACCUGUUCUGGGCCGUCGUUCCCCCCAAUUGGGAAUGGACAGGAUGGCUCCCAGACAGAGAAUGGACUGUUAUUGUGCCUUGCUGGCUGAUGGUGGUCGUCCUCCUCGUCUACUGGACGUAUGCGGCCCUGAUCAUCUACAAUGCCCCGCCAUCUGAAUAACGUUGGAUUGUCUGUUGCAUUGCGAUCUUCGUCUUCAGACCAUGCUCUUUGGAAUGCUGGGACGGUAGAUUGCGGAUCACCCACGGGAGAUACGGUCUAAAGUCACAAAGACCUUGCAUCUCUGGAAAUGCGUGUGGAUCCCGGUACGAAAGUAUCAGCUACUGUCUCGCUUCCUUCCAUCUCUGGCGAACUGCAGGGGGAAACAUAAUGAUGAAAGCCUCGAGUUGUCAUCCUCAAAAGUAAUUAUUGCAUUGAUAUCAUUGCAUUGGAAUGUUUCAAUCUCUUUUAUACCUGCAUGCAUCCACCAAUUAGUCAUCAAC